AUGGAGUCAUUGUCCUACCCGUUGGUCGGGGUGUUUUGGAACUUGAUGGAGUGUCCAUCCCCACCAAUGGUGCCCAUCUCCAACUUUUUGGCGCAGCUCAAGGCCUAUGUCGCUUCUUUUGGCGUGAUGAAGCAGUUCAUCGCCGUCACCGACAUCUCCAACCUCAAUAACAACACCAGGUACAACUCAACCAAGUACGAGCUGAUCCAAAGCGGUGUCAAUAUAGUCGAGGUCGCUGCAAUCGAUCAGACAACAGAGAUGGUCAGCAGGGUUUGGGAGUUUGUCUACGACAACUUUGAACUGUCUCGCAUCCAGAGGCAUCAGAGUGAACUGCCUGCCCGUUGUCUCAUCAUCGGCCAGCGCAGGUUCGGCUGCGACCAGUCCUCGCCGCCUCCUCCAACAAUGAGCCCAACGGCCAUAUACCCUAAGGACUCUUACAGUUAUUUCACAUCAGACAUUGACUUGAAUUAUCAAAAGUUAAUUAGCCAACAGAAACAGCAGCAGCAGCAACAACAACAACAACAACAGCUGAGCGAACAUGAUAACUCAUUCUUUAACUUUUUAGUUGGACAACAACAGCAACACCAACAACAGCAACAGCAGCAACAACAGCAACAUCAUUCCACAAGUAAUAACAAUAGUGGCAAUAGCAACAACAACAACAACAACAACAACAACAACAACAACAACAACAACAAUAGCGGAAGUAGUAAUAUUAGUAGUAUAGACAGUAGUAUUUAUUAUGAUAUCGACCAUCAACAACAUCACAUUCACCAUCAUCACUCCCCACCUUUACCCUCGAAACAUCCAAAAUCCAAACAAUCCUCCUCGCCCAACAUCCCGCAGCCACUACCGACACACAUAAACUCCCGAUCGAACACUCCCACGCACGCACCAUCGCCGCGCCAACAUCACCAGCAACAGCAACAACAACAGUCACAACAACAACAACAACAACAAUCACAACACCAACCAGUCAGCUCAUCGUUGAGUUACCUUAACCUCAGCGGCCUCAACUCGCCAUCACUUUCCAGCUCGUCUUCGUCAUUGCCCGGAUCACCAAUGUCCGUAUCGUCGGCGCUCUCCUCGCCCCACAGCCUAAACUCCCCCUCCAACAAUCCCUUGUCCCUUGCCAGCUCGUUCCACAAGCUGGGCCUGUCUGGCAGCGGCGGUGGCGGUGGCGGCAGCCGUCUGAACCUGCUCUCUUCGUCGCCCCUGCCCUCGCCGACGUCGGCCACUGGUUCUCCGCAUGCUCUCACUUCCUCGCCGUCGCUACCGUCCACUCCGACGGCCCUGGAAAUGGCGAUUAAUCAUCACAAUCACACUCACAACCUCAACCUCAACCUCAACCUCCAACACCAACAACACCAACAACACCACCAUCACCAGAGCAACAACAACAACAACAACAACAACAUUAUGAACAUGCAUACCCCGAUGGGCACGGCUGGCGGCGUGCUCGAGCGCAGCCCCAGUUCACAGUCACUGUAUAGUGAGAACCUCGUUUUAAAGCAUCUGCGCGCGGUCUUGCAGGGCCUCAAGGAGGACGGCUUCCGGCCGACGUUCAAGGUGAUCCUGCCGCGCCUCGGCAACAUGAUGGGCAUGCGCAUCCACCGCUCGCAGUUUGAGAAGAUCCUCGAGGAGGCCAAGCACAACGACUUUCUGGUCAGCUACACGACCAAGACGAUCUACGCCAAGGACGACGUCUACGUCGGCUCGGACCCGCACCGCGCCAAGAAGGAGAACUUCUCCAAGGAGGAGCUGGCCGAGUUCCUGCAGAUCAUCGAGAGCUCGCCGACCAAGGUGUUCCCCAGCCGCUUCAGCAUCGUCAUGUGGGUGACGUCGCUCAACCUGCCCCUCAUCAGCAAGCUCAAACAAGGCCAGAUCGUCGAGUUGUGUCAAGUGGCCAUCAACGAGAACUAUGUAUCACUAGAUGAAACAUUGAAGAAGCGGGAUAAAUAA